AUGCUUGUCUUGUCUCAAAACUCACUCACAGAGGCCAUUCCCUCGGUUUUGUUUACAACCCCUUCAUUGUCUACACUAUAUCUAGAUCAAAAUCAGCUCACUGGCCCGCUCAAAUUCCAAAAUAUCUCUUCAUCACCAUUAAAUGAUUUGAGAUUGAGUGGAAACAAAUUGAAUGAAUCAAUUCCAAGAUCAAUUGCCAAUCUCACAAAGCUACAAAGGCUAUAUCUUUCUUCGAUCAACCUAAAGGGCAAGGUGGAGUUAGAGAUUUUCUUUGAGCUUAAAGAGCUUCAAGAUCUUGAUCUUUCAGGUAACAAAGUAUUGGUUCCAAAAGCAAAUAUCAAUUCAACCCUCCCCAAAUUUUCAUCUUUGUCAAUGUCUUCGUGCAAUUUGACUGAAUUUCCUAAUUUUCUAAAAGCCCAAAAUGAAUUGCAAGGUUUAGACCUUUCCAAUAACAACAUUGAAGUAUUGGCUAUGAAAAAUAACCACUUUCAAGGAAACUUGCCUGAAACAUUCAUAAAUGGAUGUAGUUUAAGGACACUAGACUUGAAUAACAACACAAUACAAGGAAAGAUUCCACGAUCACUAGUUAAAUGUCCAAUGCUAGAAGUUCUGAAUCUUGGAAAUAAUAAAUUGAAUGAUACAUUCCCUUUUUGGUUGGAGUCUUUACCAGAGUUAAAGAUUCUUGUCUUGCGAGCAAAUGGAUUACAUGGUCCUGUAUGGGAUCCUGAUAUACAGUUUGGCUUAUCCAAGUUGCAUGUUGUUGACCUCUCUCACAAUAAUUUCUCUGGCAAGUUACCAUCAGAUUACUUUCAAAAUUGGCGUGCAAUCUCAAAGGUCACUAGCAACGACAAAUCCCAACCAGGGUACAUGGGAGAUGACUCCAAUUAUUACAAAGACUCAAUGACUGUAGUGAAUAAGGGAGUAGAAUUGGAAUUGGUAAAAAUCUUGACCAUCUUCACAGCUAUUGAUCUCUCUGACAACAGGUUUUAUGGAGAAAUUCCAGAUAGUGUGGGGAACCUCAAGGGGCUAAUUGUACUCAAUUUAUCAUGCAAUAAAUUUAUGAGCCAUAUCCCAUCAUCAUUGGGAAACAUAAUUGUGCUUGAAUCUUUGGAUCUUUCUCAAAAUAGCCUCUUUGGUGAAAUGCCUCAGUAG